UCAGGUGAUUGCGGAAGUAACUUCACUCUGCGGGUUCAGGGUUCCGCCUCUAAACUAACUAGCUAGCUAAAUAAAUGGUUAUCCCUCUACCGAAAACAAACUACUUUCCUUUUUAUAAGACCCAUUUGGAAUAAAGCAGCAAGUCACCAUUGCAUUCUGCAGUAGAUAUUUAAGGAAACAUGGCUGGACGUCUACCGGCUUGUGUAGUUGACUGUGGCACAGGGUACACAAAGAUUGGAUAUGCUGGAAACACAGAGCCACAGUUUAUUGUUCCGUCAUGUAUUGCCAUCAAAGAGUCAGCCAAGGUUGGAGACCAAGCCCAGCGCAGGAUGAUGAAGGGGGUGGACGAUCUGGACUUUUACAUUGGUGACGAGGCAAUAGACAAACCAAAUUAUGCAACAAAGUGGCCCAUUCGUCAUGGGAUCGUGGAAGACUGGGAUCUCAUGGAGAGGUUCAUGGAACAGGUCAUCUUCAAGUAUCUGCGGGCAGAGCCCGAAGACCACUACUUCCUCUUGACAGAGCCUCCUUUGAAUACCCCUGAAAACAGAGAGUACACAGCAGAGAUUAUGUUUGAGUCCUUCAAUGUUCCAGGUCUUUAUAUCGCUGUACAGGCGGUCCUGGCGCUGGCAGCCUCCUGGACCUCCAGACAAUUGGGCGAGAGGACCCUGACUGGGACGGUGAUUGACAGCGGUGAUGGGGUCACCCACGUCAUCCCAGUGGCGGAAGGCUACGUCAUCGGUAGCUGUAUAAAGCACAUCCCCAUCGCUGGUCGAGACAUCACCUACUUCACCCAGCAGCUGCUGAGAGAGAGGGAGGUGGGCAUCCCACCAGAGCAGUCAUUGGAAACAGCCAAAGCCGUCAAGGAAAGGUUCAGCUAUGUCUGCCCUGACCUGGUGAAAGAGUUCAACAAGUACGAUACGGACGGCUCCAAGUGGAUCAAGCAGUACACGGGCAUCAACUCCAUCAGCAAGAAGGAGUUCACCAUCGACGUGGGCUAUGAGCGCUUCCUCGGCCCCGAGAUCUUCUUCCACCCAGAGUUUGCCAACCCUGACUUCACCCAGCCCAUCUCAGAGGUUGUUGAUGAGGUCAUUCAGAACUGCCCUAUUGACGUCAGACGUCCUCUCUAUAAGAACAUUGUGCUCUCUGGAGGCUCCACUAUGUUCAGGGACUUUGGCCGUCGUCUGCAGAGGGACCUGAAGAGGACAGUGGACGGCAGACUGAAACUCAGUGAGGAACUGAGCGGUGGCAAAUUGAAGCCCAAACCCAUCGACGUGCAAGUCAUCACUCACCACAUGCAGAGAUACGCUGUUUGGUUCGGCGGGUCCAUGUUGGCAUCAACUCCGGAGUUUUACCAAGUGUGCCACACCAAAAAAGACUAUGAGGAGAUUGGACCGAGCAUCUGCCGCCAUAACCCUGUCUUCGGGGUCAUGUCUUAAAAGGACUUCCCUCAGUUAUCACUGGAGCUUGCAGUUGGAGCAGAAUUGAGUGGACGGACAGAGGCAGAGUGGCAUUACUGCACUACGGUCACUGCUUAAUCUAGCCUAUUUCCAGGGCUGCGGUUACAGACAAAAUACUGGAAGAGAAUGACAUAGAAAUAGAAUGACUAGAUUCUAUUCCUAUGGAGAAUGACUCAUUUAUCAACUGCAGACCAAACUAUCAGGCUGACAAACGGGGGUGAAUAUCUAUGUAAAGGAGAAGGAAAUGGUGUCUUAAAGCCAAAAGCAUUUUCAGAGCAAUUGUGUGGACACAAAACAAUGUGUAAGAUCAUGAUAAUAAAGUCAACUCAUGUAUGGUUAA